AUGAAAGUGCAGAGCUCGCUUAUGGGAGUUGGCGGUUGGUACGAAUGCUUGGCGGCCGGUUGGCUUGCGGACAUGAGGAGUAAGCAGGUCCCGACCUCCACCACCUCGGCCAGGCGGCUCGCGGCCUUAAUCCGUCCACUUGCGGGUGGAGGAACGGAGGGCAAGCCGUUAGAGGAGGAGGAGGAGCGGGGCGGGUCCCCGCUGGGGCCCGGUGGACCCUUCCAUUGCAGCCAGUGCCGCGGCGCGUACCCCACGCGCGAGCAGCUCGAACGCCACGAGACCCUGCACUCGCCCAGCACACAGACUUGCAAGAUCUGCCACAAGAGCUUUUUGAAUGUGUACCGGCUGCAACGGCACAUGAUAAGCCACGACGAGAGUGCACUAUUACGCAAAUUUAAAUGCAACGACUGCGACAAAGCUUUCAAAUUUAAACACCAUCUUAAGGAACACCUUCGAAUACAUAGCGGUGAGAAGCCUUUCGAAUGUGCCAACUGUGGAAAGAAGUUCUCCCACUCCGGCUCAUACUCGAGCCAUAUGACCUCUAAGAAGUGUCUUGUUAUGAAUUUAAAAAUGGGUCGAAUAAAACCCAACAAUCCAGCUCUUAAUCCCGAUCGAAGUCCUUCGCGAAAACGGGCAAACGCCAUGGUAGCAUCACAGCUUAACAACAAUAUAGUGCCAAAUGGAAACUCUUUCCUACCAAUCAUGCCUAAGUACAAUGAUGCUGCAGCAUUUUUCGCCUCUAUGUCAUCUCAGGAAAAUAAUUUCCAUCGCACUCCUCUAGGUCAACCGGGACUUAACCCCUUCUAUAUGCCUCCUGGUAUGCCAAUGAGCCCUGCAAGUGGUAUUGCACCAUACAGUUUCCCUACUUCACUAAGUCAACUGUUUGAGCAAAUAGCUUCAACACAGUAUCAUCAAAGAAAAGUAGAGAAUAUAAUUAGUCCAAAACAAAGCAGCCCUAGAACUGGAGACCCUGAAGAUUUGAUAGAAGAAGUUAUAGAGGACGAAGACAAACGAUCCGAAUGCAGCACAGAGCUGGUGAUGGAUAUUGAAGAUGAUGAAACUCUGACUGUCAAAAAAGAGCAAGACGACCGAGAAAGUGAAGUUCGACCGCAAUCUCGUAACCUCGAAUCCGUCCCUUUAAAUAACAACAGUGAAGCGGAUAAUAAUGAUCCGAAUUUCGAUAAAAUGUUGAAAUCCUUAGGUGCAUCUGUUACAAAGCACUUUUUUAAAACAAAUAAUGAAAACCUUACUCCCGCUUCGGGGGGGAUUUAUCCAAGCAUUGAAUCACCACCUACACCACAAACCCUAGUAAAAAAUGAGCCUGAGGACGACCACACAUGUGUUAAAUGUAAUUUGACAUUUAAAUACAAAAAUGAUUUAAUAGAGCAUGAAAAAUUAGUUUGCGGAAAUCUAUUCAGAAAACAUGAAGGUCUAGCUGCUCAAGUGGCUGAAACCGUAGCUCUUAAUAGAUUAGAAUCUGAAAUGAGAGCAUCUAUGCAAAGCGGAGUGAGCGCUAGUGAAGACGAGGAUUUUUCUAAAGAAGAUCGCGAUGAUAAGAUGUCUAUUCAUGACACGGACAGAAAAAUUCGAGUACGAACUGCGUUAAGUGAAGAACAGCAAUUAAUUUUAAAAGAACAUUAUGCUAUAAACCCGCGACCAAACCGCGAAGAAUUUAAGAAAAUUGCACAGCAAAUUGGACUGGAUAACAGAGUUGUCCAAGUGUGGUUUCAAAACAACAGAGCUAGAGUAAGAAGAAUGACUCAGUCCGUAGCAGUUUCAGAUCAACCAUUAGACUUAUCAACCAAGAAGUCUAGCUUAUCUGUUACGUCUAGUCCAUCUCCAUCACCACCAUGCAGCAUUUCUGUCACACAUUCCGAUUCCGAGGAAGCAGUGAAUCUAAGUCAAAAGUCAUCGCGUAGUACAACACCACAACGCCCUCAUGUAAAUACGUAUUCACAUUCCAAUUGCUCCUCAUCUUCAUUCACUGAUUUUAGACUUUCACCAUCACCAGGUGAAACAAUUAGUGGUCAAAAACGGCCACUAUCUCAAAAACUUCCCAUUAAUCCUGUUAUGCCAAUGGAUAAGCUUCUUCAAUACAACGAUAUGUCAAAAGCGAGAUCUCCGAUUCUUAACAUGCAUAUGGCAGCAGAUCCUAAUCGACAAGGAUUGAGUCCAUGCUACGAUCGUCCAGCAUGGGAUGAUAUGCAACCUCCUAACGAAUUUGAGGAUGAUGCUUCACUAAUUAAGAAGAGUAAAUUAAAAUCAGAACUAAAGGAGGGUGAAGGACAAUUCGUUUGCAAUCAAUGUGAUAAAACGUUUGUAAAGCAAAGUUCAUUGGCCAGGCACAAAUAUGAACAUUCAGGUCAACGUCCAUACAAAUGUGAGGAGUGUCCUAAGGCUUUCAAGCACAAACACCAUUUAACGGAGCACAAGCGGCUGCAUACAGGAGAGAAGCCCUUCCAAUGCUGCAAAUGUCUCAAGAAAUUUUCGCACUCCGGCUCCUACAGCCAGCACAUGAACCACAGAUUUGCCAUUUGCAAGCCCUACAGAGAUUAG